CCCGAGAAAGAAGCCAUGAAGCUCAGUGACAAGGGCCCGGCCGCUAACAAGGAAAGCGAUUUGGAGGAAAAGAAAUCGAACUGGUCCUGCUCGCUCAUCGCAGCCUCUCUCCUGGGCGCCUUCGGCUCCUCCUUCCUGUACGGAUACAACCUCUCCGUGGUGAACGCCCCCACUCCGUACAUCAAGGCCUUUUACAAUGAGACGUGGGAGAGAAGGCACGGACACCCGAUCGACCCCGACACUCUGACGCUGCUCUGGUCGGUCACUGUGUCCAUAUUCGCCAUCGGUGGACUCGUGGGGACGUUAAUGGUGAAGCCGAUCGGAAAGUUUUGUGGGAGGAAGUGCACGUUACUGGUCAACAACUUCUUCGCGAUGACCGCCGCGCUGCUGAUGGCCUUCUCGCUCCAGGCAGGCGCCUUUGAAAUGCUCAUCGUGGGCCGCUUCGUCAUGGGCGUGGAUGGAGGCAUCGCCCUCAGCGCGCUCCCCAUGUACCUGAGCGAGAUUUCGCCCAAGGAGAUCCGGGGCUCCCUGGGGCAGGUGACCGCCAUCUUCAUCUGCAUCGGGGUGUUCACCGGGCAGCUGCUGGGCCUGCCUGAGCUGCUGGGCAAGGAGAGCACCUGGCCGUACCUGUUUGGAGUGAUCCUCAUCCCCGCCGCGGUCCAGCUGGUGAGCCUGCCCUUCCUCCCCGAGAGCCCGCGCUACCUGCUGUUUGAGAAGCACGACCAGGCGGCGGCCGAGAAAGCCUUCCAGACGUUCCUGGGCAAGGAGGACGUGUCCCGAGAGGUGGAGGAGGCCCUGGCUGAGGGCCGCGUGCAGAGGAACAUCCUCCUGGUGUCCACGCUGGAGCUGCUCAGGACCCCCUUCGUCCGCUGGCAGGUCAUCACCGUGGUGGUCACCAUGGCCUGCUACCAGCUCUGCGGCCUCAACGCGAUUUGGUUCUACACCAACAGCAUCUUUGGGAAAGCAGGGGUCGCUCCAGAAAAUAUCCCCUACAUCACCCUGAGCACUGGCGGCAUCGAGACCCUGGCUUCCAUCUUCUCUGGCUUGGUCAUCGAGCGCCUGGGGCGGAGACCCCUGCUCAUCGGCGGCUUCGGGCUGAUGACCCUCUUCUUCGGGAUCCUCACGGUCACGCUGACGCUGCAGGACCGGGCCCCCUGGAUCCCUUACCUGAGCAUCGUCUGCAUCCUGGCCAUCAUUGCGUCCUUCUGCAGCGGCCCAGGCGGCAUCCCCUUUGUCCUGACCGGCGAGUUCUUCCAGCAGUCCCAGCGGCCGGCGGCCUUCAUCGUGGCGGGCACGGUCAACUGGCUCUCCAACUUCGUCGUGGGCCUCGUCUUCCCCUUCAUCCAGAAAAGCCUGGGCACCUACUGCUUCCUGGUCUUUGCCGCCAUCUGCUCCGCGGGUGCUCUCUACUUAUACUUUGUCCUCCCUGAGACCAAAAACCGAACCCACGCCGAAAUCAGCCAGGCAUUUGCCAAAAUGAACAAGGCCUACCCACCAGCAGAGAAGACAGACUCGGCCGUCACGGACGACAAGGCCACGGACAGGCCGGAACCAGAGGCCUCCUCCACGCUGGACAAUUACGUCAAAAGUGGGAUUGUCUAA